AGGUUCGAACGGCUCCUGAUUGGCUGCUGCCGAACUAUCGGCACCGAAGCAUCUGCGGCUCGCGCUGUGCCAGCUGUCCUCGAGCACUCGGCUAGUGCUGGGCAACGGAGAGAAGCUCCUGCUGAGGAGGACCUGGGAAUCAAAAAAAAAAAAAGGGACUAUGGCUGCCAACAUGGGUUCAAUGCGUAUCCUCAUCAAGGGGGGGAAGGUAGUCAAUGAUGACUUCACCCAAGAAGCAGAUGUCUACAUUGAGAACGGCAUCAUUCAGCAGGUUGGAAAGGAACUGAUGAUACCGGGCGGGGCUAAGGUGAUUGACGCCUCUGGAAAGCUGGUGUUGCCGGGCGGAAUAGAUACCAGUGUCCAUAUGCAGGACAGUUUCAUGAACGCAGCCAUUCAGGAUGACUUCUACAGUGGGACCAAGGCGGCUCUGAUGGGUGGCACCACCAUGGUGAUGGCUCUGGUCCUGCCUGAGCAACACUGCUCCCUGCUGGACGCCUAUGAGAACUGCCGAGGUCAGGCCGAUGGAAAGGCGUGUUGCGACUACGCGCUGCAUGUCGGGGUAACCUGGUGGGGACCAAAGGUGCGUAAUGAGAUGGAGACCCUGGUGAGGGAGCAUGGAGUGAACUCAUUCCAGAUGUUCAUGGCCUACAAAGAUUUUAUGAUGCUGAGGGACUCGGAGCUCUACCAAGCGAUGCAGACCUGUAAGGACAUUGGGGCCAUCGCACGCGUCCACGCUGAGAACGGAGAGCUGGUGGCUGAGAGCGCCAAAGAGGCUCUGGAUUUAGGCAUCAGUGGACCGGAGGGUAUUGAGAUCAGUCGACCAGAAGAGCUGGAGUCUGAGGCUACUCACAGAGCUGUCACCAUCGCCAACAGGGCUCGCUGCCCAAUCUACCUGGUGAACGUGUCCAGUAUGUCUGCUGGAGAUAUGAUUGCUGCUGCUAAGAUGCAAGGUAAGGUGGUCCAUGCAGAGACCACUGUAGCUCAUGCAGUGCUGAAUGGGAUGCAGUAUUAUCACCAGGACUGGGCUCACGCUGCCGCCCAUGUCAUCGUCCCUCCUCUCCGCAUCGACCCCAACACGCCUGGAUACCUCAUGGGCCUGCUGGGCAAUGACACUUUGAGUGUUGUGGCGUCGGAGCACCGCCCAUUCAGCACCAAGCAGAGAGCUUUGGGCAAGGAGGACUUCACAAAGAUCCCUCAUGGAGUGGCUGGUGUCCAGGACAGGAUGAGUGUCAUCUGGGAGAGGGGAGUUGUUACUGGAAAAAUGGAUGAGAAUCGUUUUGUGGCAGUGACGAGCUCAAACGCUGCAAAGAUCUACAACCUGUACCCACGCAAGGGUCGUAUCAUCCCUGGGGCUGACGCUGAUGUCGUAGUUUGGGAUCCUGAUGCAACAAGGACGAUCUCUGUGAGCACUCAGGUGCAGGGCGGAGACUUCAACCUGUACGAGGGGCUGCGCUGCCACGGUGUUCCCCUGGUCACCAUCAGCAGAGGACGUUUGGUGUGUGAGAACGGUGUGUUCAUGUGUGCUGAGGGGUCCGGAAAGUUCUACCCACAGCGCACCUUCCCUGACUUCCUCUACAAGAAGAUGGUGCAGAGAGAAAAGACUCAGGCUUAUAAAGGGGUUGCGAGGGAUCCGUACUCUGGCGACGUGGCCAUGGUGGCAAACACCAUGAAAAAGGAGCUUGGUUUAGGCCCCAUAGAUGGAGAAACGCCCCACAAAGGGCUCCAGGGGGCUCGUGUGCACCAGGGAGUCCGAGACCUUCAUGAGUCCUCCUUUAGCCUCUCAGGGUCUCAGGUUGACGACCACAUCCCGAAGAGAUCCUCGGCUCGUAUCUUGGCCCCUCCUGGUGGCCGUUCCAGUGGUAUCUGGUAAUCACUGGUGCUGGAGCUUCACCUGUCCGACCCUCCUUGUUUUGUAUAAUUCUGAGCAACCAGGAAAACUGCACUGAUUUUCAAUCACAGGAUUAAAGUUAAGAGGAGAAAAUAAAUUCAAGCACGUCUGUGAUUUGGGAAGACUUAACUGAUGAUCAGUGAUCUGCCAAAGUGACUUUUACAAAUCUAAUUUGUGUCUUAAUUGGAGUGAAUGACCUGCCUGAUUACUAAAGAGUGAAGGGCUAUCCGUGAUUUUAAAAUGUUUUACCAAAUUCAAGCUGAUCAUACUAACAUUGAAGAAGUCUGCUCAUUAUCACCCUGCUCGUAUCCCGUGAAGUAAUGCAAACUAAACAAACUGUGAAAGAACAAAACCAGUACAGUUUUUGAUGGUUUCAACUGAAGUGAUGUCGACUGAAUUAUUUAAAAAUGGUAGAACUGGAUUCAGUGAAUUAUCUAUUAUACCCCUGUCACUCACACACACACGCAAACAUACAGUACACUGUAGACACCAUAGCUUUAGACUCAUACAAAGAUGUGUGUGGAUUCUGUUUGUGAUUAAAUGCCCACUGUGCUCGGCUUCCUGCUGCACUGUGGGUUCCUCUAGCAGUGUUUUUAUUUCCAAUGGAUGAACUGUGCUGUGUGGUGGUGAAAUCCAACUGCUUCGAAACACCAUGUGAUCCUACAGCUACACUCUCUAAAAUAGAGUCAGACUCGACUUUAUCCAUCCUUAUAUUGUCACUGUCUCUGACCGAAACAACACUCACAUAUCCUGGAAACAUUCCUGCCUCACCUACUACAUAACAGGGUCUAUAGUUACCGAAGUAUACAUCCUGUGGGUGAGAACAAAUCUGGUCCCACAACAGCUAAAUCUAAGCAUUUCUGUCAUGGAAGUGUGGUAUCUAUAGACCUUGCAAAGGACUCAAAGACUGAAAAGAAAAGUCAGUGUGGGAUGGAUGAAGAGAACGUAAUUUCAAGGAUAACAAGAAGGAAAAGCUUUCUGUGAGUUUGCUACUUACGAAACAAAACAUAAUGAAUAUAGCUUGCUGUUAUUUUAUUUGAUAAUUUCUCAAAUCUAACACUUCUAAAGCCCUGAAAGUUCUGCUAGUCCAUCAGUAAUUGUGACAAUUAUUUAGGCUAGUUCAACUGAGCACAAGUAAGAUCACUAAUAAUCAUUUCCCCAGAAAACUCUGCCCUUCUAGCACCCAACAACAGUCUGACUGAGCCAACAACCAACCAGUGAAGAUCAAAACAGAACAGUUAGAAGGAGAGUUAAGUAAAGCCAGAAGGUUUGAUUUGGGAUUUACAAAAGUGGCUUGUCUGUAAAAGACAUUUUGACAAGAUAAUUUUCUGGCAAAAACAAGAAAAGCUUGUACACUUGUUUAUCUAAAUUCACACUCAAACACAUCAUCAAGCACAAGAAGAAGGUGUUGAAAUGAGUUUUCACAGUUGAUAACUGAGGCCCAAGAGGGACCAAAAAGUAACUGAAAAAAUUAAAUGAUGAUGUUGAGUUUCAAUAGCAUCUCACAGACUGCAUUUUGAAAGCAAACUUCCUGGUUGUAGGAAUAAAAUUGGACUGUUGUUAGAGAAGUGUGUCUCCACAGAGCAGGAAGAUUGAGCUGCACAGGCUGAAGAAAACCACUGAUCCUCUCAUCCUCUCAUGUCUCAUUCCUGCCUAGCAGUAUUAUAUUUAUACAUGACUGCGUCUUCUUGUCUGUGAACUAUAUAUUUAGGAUGUUUUUGUUUUGUUUUUAGUUUAAAGGAUAAAUGUGCCAAUGUGAAUCACUUGUGUCACACUCACAUUCAUGCAUGAAGAGCACCACAUGGAGAUGGAGGAGUAAAACCUCUCCUGAACGCCACAGGUUCACAACAACUGGUGCUGUUUUUUACAAUUAACCUACAAUGGCGUUAUUUUAUUGUUGGAUGGUUUUGUUGUUUUGAAGGCACUGUGACUGGUCAGUGGCUGUGUGUGUUUGUAGAUUCUUGUUGUGUUGGACAGUGAACCUGUUGAAUCUAUAAGUGGAUGCUUGUUUCUUACCACAAGAGUAACGGCAAAAGAAUAAAGUGAGAAAAAUAACAUCUUGA